AUGUCAACAUCUCAGAACCUGAACCUGAACUGCGCAGAACUUGGCAAUGUCCGUGAUGGUUACCCGACGCUUGCUAGCUGGAUUGGUCGAGAUCCGGAUGGCGAAACCCUCGUAUUCCGCCGGUUUCGACGUCUCAGCGCUCGGAACCUUCUUCAUCUGCAGAGCGGCCUUAUCCAGCUAGAGCAAGAGAUUGAUGAACUGGACGAGGAAGCGCGUAGGAAAGAGGGACUUUUACGACAAUCCCAAAUCGCCCAACUAAGCGGACCGAGCGAGCGUGUUCUGUCCACUUACCGCGAUUACAUUGAGGGAAAUGCCUGGAAAGGCACUUAUCUACCAUCUAUCCCGAUUAUAAGUGGGAGGGCGAAAGAUAUGCUGGAAGAAGCGGACGACCUUGUUGCUUUGCGGAAACCAGCAGACGAAGACAUGAUUUCAAAAUUCCUGCAAGACCACUGGGCCUUUCAGAGCCAUAAGGGGACUGAUCCUCUCGAUCGCACAACAAUACACAAGGGACGGCAUAUCAUGCGCAUAUUUUCUAUGAUCAGCAUCCUGUUUGCCGCGAUGCUCUUAGUUGCUGCGAUCAUCAGCCUUUACGUGGUUGAUAAUCCGACUACGAAGUUGGAGUUGGUGGUUGCGUUUACGUUUAUCUUUGCUUUGAGUAUUGAGCUGUUGAUCAAUGCACGAAGAGCUGAAAUAUUCGGUGCUGCAGCCGCAUACGCUGCAGUAUUGGUUGUUUUCAUCUCGGGGAAUCUGGGGUCUUGA